GGUACCACAGUUGUUAUGGAGGAAACUUAUACUAGCUACAUCUGGAAAUCACCCGCAAUGGAGAGCUGGUGGAACACACCUAUGCAUGCAACAUCACGCACACUCAAAGCUUUGCUGCUUGGUCCCAGGAGGACAGGGAAGAGCUCCACGGGUAACACCCUGUUGGGUCGAGGGCGGGUUUUUGACACGAGAGGAGGAGGGGCCAGUGCAGCAGCUGGUGCUGUCACUGCUGGACGCCAUUUGACCGUGGUGGAUGCACAGGGCUGGGGAACAUCUGAGGACUUUGUUCCCAAAGAGGAGAAAAUUGAACUCCUGAGAGCAUUAUCGCUGUGUGGAACUGAGGGACCUCAUGUGGUUCUGUUAGUGAUUCCUCUUAUGGACUUUACCGAGUCUGAGAGGAAAGCAGUAGAGAGAAGGAUGGAAAUCUUCACCUCUGCUAUCUGGAGACACACGAUGGUGUUGUUCACUUUUGGAGACUUGCUAAAAGAAAAAGGCUGCAGCGUACAGGAGCACAUCCAAACAGGUGGCCCUGCUCUGAAGUGGCUGAUGGAGAAAUGUCACUAUCGAUACCAUGUGCUGGAUAACAAGGCAGCUGUUAAUUGCACGCAGGGGGGACUAAAGCAGGAGGUGAACAGAAGUGGAAGGAGACAGGAAUGGACUUGGCUGAAGAAAACUGACAAAGAAGCACGAGGGGUGAGCACCGGAGGUGAGCUGGAUAGGAGACGAGAAGGAGAGCAGCAGCAAGUGAGAGACCUGCUGAGCAAAGUGGAGGAUAUGCUGGAGGAGAACGGGGGGUGGCACUUCUCCUUUCACAUGUACCAAAGGCUGGAGGAGGAAUGGAAACGCAGAGAGCAGCAGCUGAGAGCUUUGCUCGAGGCACAGACAGAAGUGGGAAGUGCGAGGAGAAAACAAAAGACGGCAGAGACAAAGGCAGAAGUGGAGCCAGAACAACAGCCGAGUUUGGAGGCUGAAGAGCAGGAACAAAGCCGAAAGAAAGAGCUAGAGAACAAGGAGGGAUGUGUGCAGAGGGAGAUAAACACAGGGGAAGAGAGAGAAGAGGGAGUCGAGGUGGAGCUGAUGAGACUGAGCAGUGAGGAGGAGAGGUGGGAUACGAGCUCUGAGAGCGGGGGGGAGAGAGAAGAAGAGGAGGAGAGAGAAAAGAUGAGGGGGCAGCUGGAUAAGGAGAACACUGAAGUAAAGACUGGAACAGUGACUUCAUGUUGGCCCAGUGGGGGUCCAAGGUUAGUUUUAAAGCCAAUCAGGAGGCUGGCCUAAGGCAGUAAUAACCACCAACUCCAACAACAACAUCUGGUCAUUUACUCUCAUGUGCUGUAACAAAAACUCUUGUCAUGUGAUCACCCACUAGAAAUGAACAAAUCCGGAUCUUCACAGACCUACACACAGCCACAGGCCGUUCACAAAGACCGCCUUCACAAAGCUGAGCCAACUGGCUUCAGAUUUAUAUUUAGUAUAGACAUGAGAGUGGGAAGGAAGUGAAUGUCCCAAAAAAUGUGAAACUACUCACCGAGUGUAUUUAAUGGACUAAAAUGGUAUCAAGUCAAUAAAUAAAUAC